GUUAGGACGUCGACCGACAAAUGCGGCGCAGCCUUUUAGUCUGCUCAGUCGUUCACAGCCCACAACCCGCGGAUUUACAAUCAACAAUUCAAACAGAUUUCUGCACGGGCUACCUUUCUUUCCCGUUUCUACAAACUUCAAACAUGGGACGCUCCCUGUUGUGUGAAAGCAGUCCCAUCCCCCCUCGCUAUCAUGAUGUGGUGGUUCGUGUCUCCAAACAUGGUGUAGCCAAACUUUCCGUUUUGUGAGGCAGCAGCAGCCCACCAGCACCGAACCAGGAUGUCCAGCAGCUCGGGCUACCCCCCCAGCCAGGGGUCGUUCAGCAGCGAGCAGAGCCGAUACCCGCCACACUCUGGUGUCCAGUACGCCUUCACCGGAUCGCGCCACCAACAGGAUUUCCCCGUCCCAGACUACCGCACUCACAUGCAGGAUCCACAGGGCCGCAGACGGCUGUCCUUGCUCUCCGAGUUCCACCCCGGAGUCGAAAGGCCUCCGGAGAGGCGCCACCAUGAUUACGAUCGGCAGUUUCACUCUGUCACAGCGCAGGCGGAGCACGAGGCCCUGGAGGCCAAGCGCCCUCGCAUGGAGACCGUUGCCGAGGCCCAUAUCAACCGCACCCCUCCCACUGCUGGGGGUAUUGUGCUGCCCAUGCCCCACACUGUACAGGACAGCUUAAGAGCCAGUGUAGAGGUCAAAAAGGAGUCUCCGUUCACCGUCAAAGUGGAGUCCCCGUCGCCGGGAGGACCUGCGCUGCUCAUGGGGGAAGAGCAGGACACGUCUCCCUCCAAACUGUCCAAGGAGGAGCUGAUUCAGAGCAUGGACCGCGUGGACAGGGAGAUUGCGAAAGUGGAACAGCAGAUUUCCAAGCUGAAGAAAAAGCAGCAACAACUCGAGGAAGAAGCAGCGAAGCCCGUGGAGCCAGAAAAGCCAGUGACCCCUCCUCCGGUGGAGCACAAGCACCGCAGCAUCGUUCAGAUCAUCUACGAUGAGAACAGGAAAAAAGCUGAGGAGGCCCAUAAAAUAUUGGAAGGUCUUGGCCCCAAAGUUGAGCUGCCUUUGUACAACCAGCCGUCAGACACAAAGGUGUACCACGACAACAUCAAAACAAACCAAGUCAUGCGGAAGAAGCUGAUUUUGUUUUUUAAGAGGAGGAACCACGCACGUAAACAAAGGGAACAGAAGAUCUGCCAGCGCUACGACCAGCUGAUGGAGGCAUGGGAGAAGAAGGUGGAGCGCAUGGAGAACAACCCCAGACGUAAAGCCAAGGAGAGCAGAACACGGGAGUACUACGAACGGCAGUUCCCCGAGAUCCGCAAGCAGCGAGAGCAGCAGGAGCGCUUCCAAAGAGUCGGACAAAGAGGAACGGGUCUUUCCGCAACAAUAGCGAGGAGCGAGCACGAGAUCUCUGAAAUCAUCGACGGUCUCUCGGAACAGGAGAACAACGAGAAACAAAUGAGGCAGCUGUCCGUCAUCCCUCCCAUGAUGUACGACUCAGAGCAAAGGCGGGUGAAGUUCAUCAACAUGAACGGCCUGAUGGACGACCCGAUGAAGGUGUACAAAGCUCGGCAGUUCAUGAAUGUUUGGACGGAACACGAGAGGGAGAUCUUUAAGGAGAAGUUCAUACAACAUCCCAAGAAUUUUGGUUUGAUUGCCUCGUAUCUUGAAAGGAAGUGUGUCGCUGACUGUGUGCUGUUUUACUACUUGACCAAAAAGAACCAAAACUACAAGGCGUUGGUCAGGAGAAACUACGGCAGGAGGAGAGGACGGAACCAGCAAAUAACACGUCCCUCACAAGAAGAGAAGUCGGAAGACAAGAACGAAGAGGACAAAGCUGAGAAGUCUGAGAAAAAAGAGGACGAGGAAAAGAAGGACGAGGAAGAGAAAGAUGAAAAGGAGGAUUCUCGGGAGAUUGGCAAGGACAAAGACAAGUGUGACGGUGGGGAGGACGAGGACGGAAAGGAGCAAAACACGCCGCGUGGCAGGAAGACUGCCAACAGCCAGGGCCGCCGCAAUAGAAGGAUCACCACACGCUCCAUGGCCAAUGAGGCUGCGUCCGUCGCAGCCGAGGACACGCCUCCUCCCGCCUCUGAGCCCGCCCUGCCAGAUCCUCCACAGCUACCUAAAUCUGAUCAAGCGCAGAAGGGAAUGAAGGAGCCCGCAAAGUCCCUCACUCCGGUAGCAGCAGAUGCUAAUAAAGCUGGCGCUGGUGAAAGCGGAGAAACUUCUCGCUGGACCGAGGAGGAGAUGGAGGUCGCCAAAAAAGGGCUAGUUGAACAUGGCAGAAACUGGACGGCCAUCGCCAAAAUGGUGGGCACCAAAAGCGAGGCGCAGUGCAAGAACUUCUAUUUCAAUUACAAGAGGCGCCACAACCUGGACAACCUGCUCCAGCAGCACAAGAAGGAUACUCGCAGAGCUCGCGCUGAUACGUCUCAAGGGGAAGGCCAAGCCACGGCGUCACCUGAUGAUGACGAGGACAAUGCAGAUGACAGUGAAGCUGGUGAUAACAGCUCUGAUACAGAGAGCGCACCUUCGCCCUCUCAGCCCGACUCCUCAAAACCGGUCGACUCAAAGAGACCUGAGAGCACGGCGGGCGAAGCUCUGGGCACAGACCAGGACAAAAGUCAAGCCAGCAAUGGAAAGCCCGCAGAGCCUUCAUACGGGGAGCUUCGCGUCAAGGAAGAGAAGAGCCCAGAGAGCGAGAGCGGAUCCCAGGAAGAAAAAGUCAAGCUUUCUUCCUUCCCUGGCCCCGUGCAUCCCAAAACCGAACCUCAGGACGUGGACAUGAAGACCGGUGAGGUUCAAGUCAAGGUGGAGCCCGAGAUCAAGGAGAAGGGCGAGAAGGGAGAGCCGGGCGAUCGGCAGAGGGAGCUCCACUCGGACAAUGACUCGAGCGCUACCUGCAGUGCUGACGAAGAUGUGGAGUCCGAGCCUGAUCGGCAGAGAAUAUACUCCAUGGAAAAACCGUCGUUGCUCAGCCCUCCGGGAUCGGUGCUCAUGCCCUCGCCCAAGCAAGCCCAGCUCAACAUCCAGCAGCUGCAGCACAGGGCAGCUGCCAUCCCUCCUAUGGUGCCUGGUUCUUACGGUCCCGGCGGCAUUCCCAUCAGCGGUUUAACCAUGCUGCAGCACCAGAUCAAAGCAGCGCAUGAUUCGGCUCACCAGGAAGAGAAGCAGCGGCAGGAUCAGGGCGACCUGGAGCGCAGGCCCCACUUCAACACCCGCAGCCCUUCUGUGCUGGACAGAGACGUCCUCCAUCCCAACCCCUCCCAGCUGGUCCAGAGCAUGAACGACGGAGUUCGUCUGCCGUUCAACAGACACAGUCGACCUCCCAACAUUCCUUCUCCUCCUCCGCUCAUUCCAACCAACAAGCCCACAGACAAGCCCUCCUUCAUCCAGGGCGGCUCCAUCUCCCAGGGAACUCCUGGCACUUAUUUGCCCUCUCAUGCCAUCUACGGGCCGGAGGGGACGAAGAGCUCCGGGGGCUCCAUCUCUCUGGGGCUGCCACGGCAGAUGGACCCCAACAAGCCCGCAGGAGCUGUGGUUUCCUCCAUCCAGGACGGCAGAGGCAACCCGGCAAAGGUUGGUGAAGGCCUGGCUUUCAGAGGAUCCAUCACUCAGGGCACUCCAGCUCUGUCCCAGCCUAGCAUAGCUGCUGACCUCCUGAAGGGCACAAUCACAAAGCUGGCCACGGAGGACCUGGGCAGCCCAGAUAAAGCCAGGGGGGAGCAGCUGGCUAAAGUCAUUUAUGAAGGCAAAAGUGGCCACAUCCUCUCCUAUGAUGGUAUAAAGAAUCCCAGGGAAAACACCAGAAGCCCCAGAACAGGUCAUGACCUGAAACGCACCCACGACAUGAUGGAGGGUCCCAUGGGAAGAGCGCACCAUGGCAGGGAGGGCGCUCCGUUUGAGGGUCUGAUCAGCCGGGCUUUACCUAGAGAAGGGCAUCAUGGCGACUCCAAGGAAAGAGCGCUGAUCCCUGGAUCCAUUAUGCAAGGGACACCGAGAACUACCGCUGACGCGUAUGAGGACACGGUGAAAUACGGGAAGCUGAUAAAAACAGAAAGCCCGCCUAUCCGAACAUUCGAAGAGGCCAUCGGCAAAGGCAAGCCCUACGAAGGAGUGAACACCAUCAAAGAGAGGGGGCGCUCCAUUCACGAAAUCCCCAGACAGGACCAACCUGGACAGGACAUGUGCAAGACUCCUGACCUGCCUGACAGGAGGGUGAUAGAGGGCUCCAUGCCUCAGAGUUACUCCCUGGGCCAGCCGACCAUCAAACACAACGUCAAGUCCCUCAUCACCAGCCCCAGCAAGCUUCCCCACAGCAUGCCGCAGCUGGAGGCCAUGGAGCGACCCAAGUACGAGGAGGGCAAGGCGGUGCGGCACUCUGUGGUCAACAGCACGGCCUCCGUCCUGCGCUCCACGCACCAGGAGGCCGGGAAGUCCCAGCACAGCCCCAGCAUGUACGAAGACGCCAGCGCUCGCAGGACGCCCGUCAACUACAGCACCAAUCCCGUCUCCAGAGGAUCCCCCAUGCUGGGACGGGGGUCAGAGGGGGGCAUGAGUUCUGCCAAAUCCGCUGCACAUGACAGGAAGAGUGCCAUGACCCCGACGCAGAGGGACAGCAUCCCAUCCAAGUCGCCUGUGUCGGUGGGCGACCCCGUGGCCUCCCACAGCCCGUUCGACCCCCACCACCGGCCUUUGGUUCCCGGAGAGGUGUAUCAGACCCACCUGCCCCCACACCUGGACCCCACCCUGGCCUUCCGCCACAGAGGCCUCGAUCCUGCGUUCAUGUUUCCCCGGCAACCCUCACCAACCGGCUACCACAACACCUACCAGCUGUACACCAUGGAGAACACUCGGCAGACCAUCCUCAACGAUUACAUCACGUCGCAGCAGAUGCAUGGCAUCCCUCGGCCCGACAUGGCCAGAGGGCUGUCGCCGCGGGAACAACCCGUCGCCAUCCCGUACCCACCGCCUCCUCGAGGGAUUAUUGAUCUAACCCAGAUGCCUCCAACUAUCCUGUUGCCUCACCCUGGGGGAACAGGUACUCCCACUUUGGAACGCGCCUACCUCUCUGGAGCUCAGCCCCCUUUCCCUCCUAGGCAUUUCAACCCAGCCUCCAUAUCGCCAGGCCAUCCAGUCCACCUUGCUGCUAGUGCAGAGAGGGAGCGGGAGCAGGAGAAGGAACGGGAACAAAAGGAAAGGGAGAUCAGAGAGCGGGAGCGCACUAAUGAGUACAUGCGUGGAGGCGCCCCGGAGCAGCCGGGCCGGCCAGGGAGCCGAGGUUAUCUGCAUUCCCCUUCUCCGUCGCUCCGGACCCAGGAUGUGGUCGUUCAGCAGCGGCCGAGCAUCUUCCAGGGAAAAAGUGUCAUCACCUCACUAAUGUAAGCUCAUAAAAU